AGAGAAAUAACACGGUCGCUCUCUCCUCUCCCCCACAUUUCCUCUCUUGCUCGUCUUCACCGGAAUUCCCCCCGCCGCACCGGAGGCGAACCUAUGAAAUUUCUACCAUCCAAACGGCCGUCUCAACGCCCUCAAAACCAUCGAAGCGGACUUUGAUGCAACGAAUCUGAAAACCUUAGAAUUCCUACUCCCAAAAAUUGAAACCCUAAGAGUCUAACGAAGAGCACGGCACAAGGAUUUGAACAAGUGUAUUUACCUGCGAGACAGAGUUUUGCCCCAGUGGAAUUUGAAGAUCAAACGCGUAAUCAGAAGAAAAACAACAAGUCCAGAGGAUGGAUGGAAUUGGUAGUGCUGGCCAUCAUAGAGUUCUUAGUCAUUAAAUUAUAUAAACAAUAAACAUUUGAAACAGGCAUCGAAGUUUUUAUAUACCAACCUCUUCCGGAACCUUUCACAUCACACUCUCUCAUUAAGGAUCCAACUUGUUACCUACUAAUUAAAGCUUGUAUAGAUAUUGUUGACCAAAGUUACACCAAUGGUAGCAAUGUCAUCUCUUCUUGUCAAUGGAAUUCCCCAAUUUCUUCCACAACCCAUAUCACAAGUUGUGAAAGGGUCUUCGGUUCACGUAAAACUUAACCCAAAUUGUACCAAAUCAAGAGCUUCAGCUUUCAAGGUUAGGGCAAACAGUUAUGAUGAUGACCAAGUUGACAACUUCCUGAAAAGGGAUUAUAAGUGGGGAUUUAAUCAAGAAAUAGACUCAUUUUCGUUACCCAAAGGCUUAUCCGAGGAAACUGUCAGGUUAAUAUCUGCAAGAAAAAAUGAGCCUGAUUGGAUGCUUGACUUUAGACUUAAAGCAUAUCACAAGUUUUUGAAGAUGAAAGACCCAAACUGGUCUGACAAUAAAUACCCAAAAAUAAAUUUUCAGGAUCUCUGUUAUUACUCUGAGCCUAAGAAGAAACCAACUUUGAAUAGUCUUGAUGAGCCUGCACCUAAGCUACUCGCCUACUUUGAUAGGCUUGGUGUUCCUCUCUUAGAAAACAAGAGGGCUAAUGUAGCGGUAGAUGUUGUUUGUGAUAGUGUUUCGAUUGCAACGACUCAUAAGAAGACUUUGGAGGAAAAGUCUGGCGUGAUAUUCUGUGCUAUAUCCGAAGCUGUAAGGGAGUAUCCAGAUUUGGUUAAGAAGUAUUUAGGAAAGGUUGUCCCUUCUGAUGAUAACUUUUAUGCAGCCUUGAAUUCUGCUGUGCAUGGUGAUGGGACGUUUGUAUAUAUUCCCAAGAAUGUCAAGUGUCCAAUGCAAAUAUCAACAUAUUUUAGGAUUAAUGCAAAAGAGUUCGGUCAGUUUGAGAGGACAUUGAUUGUCGCAGAAGAGGGUAGUUUUGUGGAGUACUUGGAAGGGUGUACUGCACCCGUUUACGAUACUAAUCAGUUACACGCAGCAGUAGUUGAAUUAUAUUGUCAUGAAGGAGCAGAGAUUAAAUACCUGACAAAGCAGGAUUGGUAUGCUGGUGACGAGCAUGGGAGAGGUGGGAUAUAUAACUUUGUCACCAAGAGGGGACUCUGUGCUGGGGUCAGAUCAAAGAUAUCUUGGACACAGGUGGAAAUAGGAUCAGCAAUUACAUGGAAGUAUCCAAGUGUUGUUCUAGAGGGUGAUGAAUCAGUAGGGGAGUUUCAUUCGGUAGCACUGACUAAUAACUAUCAGCAGGCAGAUACAGGGACAAAGAUGUUACAUAAGGGAAAGAAUACUAGGAGUAGAAUCAUAUCUAAAGGUAUUUCUGCUGCGCAUUCCAGAAAUUGCUAUAGAGGACUUGUGCAGGUAAUGUCAGGUGCAGACGGAGCUAAAAGCUCCUCACAGUGCGAUUCCAUGCUUGUAGGAGAUAAUGCAGCUGCAAAUACCUACCCAUACAUUCAGUCUAAGAAUCCUUCUGCUCAGAUUGAACAUGAAGCUACAACAUCGAAAAUUGGUGAAGAUCAGUUGUUUUACUUUCAACAGAGAGGAAUCGACUAUGAGAAUGCCAUGUCGGCUAUGAUAGUUGGAUUCUGUAGAGAUGUAAUCGAUGAUCUUCCAUAUGAAUUUGCUUCUGAAACAAAACAGUUGUUGAGCUUGAAACUAAAAGGAUCUGUUGGUUAGGUUCCAUAGCGGCUGGAUGCUUUUGCUGCUGAAGAUGUUACAGACUGUGUACUUUUGAUGAGGUAUAUGUAAACAAUCAUUUAGUUCUUUAGUUUUUUUUUCUUGAACUAUGUAACAGUAAAAAGGCAGCAUUUCGCACCAAAGGUGUUUUGCCAUCAUAAUCUUUGUUGUUGGGAUCAGCUCCAGCACAGAUUAGACUUUUCAUUAUUACUUCUCCUGGAAGAAAAUAUUCUUCGGGCGAGAAACUAAGAAUUACAAAUUCCUGGAAAUCAUCAUUAUGCCCGAUCAUUUUAGAAAAGGGUGAAGAAAUAUGAAAUGUAAAUUGUCAUUUUGCA